UUGUGCAGAAAGAGGUUGAUCUAUAAAGAGCAUUGCACUUUCCUAUCAAGUUGUGACCCCUUCCUCAAAGUUUGUUUCCAACAGCUGUUUCAAGCGGUAUGCAUGGACAAAGUUCACCAUCAAUUAAAUACAACUACACGUUUCCUUUGGCAAACAAUCAAACCUUCAUUAUGUCUCCAGAAUCCAUAUAUAAGUACAGGUAUCAUGCAAUAUCAGAUAAGUCGAAUGGAUCGAGAGAAGUCGCAUGGUGAAGACUUUUCUCUUUUAGUUCGAGAUGGAGAAAACGAUGGCUUACACCUUGCUCGUCUUGUUUUCAUAUCUUGCUUUGACCUGUUGGGCCCGAGAAGUAUGCUACGAAGAUAUCGGAUGCUUUGACAACGGAUAUCCUUUCUACGACCCCCUGAACCGCCCGGUGAGCUGGCUACCGGAAAGCCGUGAUGAUAUCGGUACCACCUUCCAACUGAACACCCGAAACGUCCCCAGCACUUCGUCGUGGCAGGAGCUAAGCACCUACUACCCGGAUAACUUCUAUGACACCGACUUUGAUCCCAACAGGGAAACGAAGGUCAUAACGCAUGGAUUCACCCAGAGCUCUUCGGUAUCGUGGAUGGAAGAGAUGGUGGAUGAGUUCCUCGUGCAGGGUGACUACAAUGUCAUCAGGGUCAACUGGCAACGUGGAGCUCUCGGAGUCUACGGCGUGUCCGCAGCUAACACCCGAAUCGUAGGCGCAGAAGUCUCCUUGCUCAUAGACCUGCUCAGGAGUCACUAUGGAGUGGAGGCAAGUUCUUUCCACAUCAUCGGGCAUAGCUUAGGAGCUCAUGUAGCUGGCUACGCGGGAGAGAGACAGAAUAAUCCAAAGGUGGCCAGGAUAACAGGUUUGGAUCCCGCUGGGCCUUACUUUGAAGACAUGGACACCAUAGUCCGUCUCGAUACCACUGAUGCUGAUUUUGUUGAUGUCAUCCACACGGACACAGACCCAAUCUACAAACUGGGGUACGGGAUGUACGCUCCAUGUGGACAUAUGGACUUCUUUCCAAACGGUGGUCGAGUUCAACCAGGCUGUGAUCAAAGCUUGUUUGAGUACAUUGGCGACGAUGGCCUCUAUGACGGUACUGCUCAGUUCGUAGCCUGUAAUCAUCUUCGCUCCAUAGCGUUUUUCAAGGAAUCCAUCAACUCUGACUGUCCGUUCCUCGCUUUCGAAUGCACCCGGGACCACGACGAUUACAACUACGGGCUAUGUUUCAACGACGACCUCUCUGCGAGGAUGGGAUGGCAAGCCCCCGCUGAUUACCGGGGUGGGGAGGGCAACGUCUACCAGAUUAACACCAAUGGUGAUGAGCCCUUCUGUGGCCAUCAAUACCUAUUCACUCUCAAGAUGGAUGAGCAUCGCAAAGCCCAUGAUGCUAAAGGACAGAUUUUCAUUACUCUCAUUGGAUAUAAUGCCCAGUCAUCCAAGGUCGCUCUCACCUCUGAGACUGUAGAGUACUAUACAAGCAUCGUAUACCAGCACAUGGUGCCUUACGAUGUGAGUCCCCAAGACACAGGCGGACUGUCAGGACUCUACUUUGAGUGGGACUACGACCCAGAUUGGUGGUGGUGGGACUGGGAGGUCAUUGAGAGACCAGAACUCUUCGUUCAUCAAAUACAAGUGACCGAUAGCGAAGGCAACGUUUCUACCAUGUGUGGAGAUUAUAACGGAAUAAAACCAGGCGAUGUACAAUCGUUUUGGCGCACUGAUACUGUCUGUCCUUCAAAAUAAGACGGCUUCGCUAUCUAGACCAUGGAGAUGGUCUGAAAAUGAGGAAUACUUAUUCACUGGAAUUUAACUUUUUUUUUUGCUGGAGGCAUUCACACUUGAUUACAAAUGUUUGUUUCAUCGCUGUUUUUCGGUCCUCUAUAUGUAUUCACCAUGCCCCCUUCGCUUCAUUUAUCUACUAUAUCUUCUACAUGAUCGUACUUUUUAAUAGUAAACAUAUCUUUAUUGCCAUUUCGUGGUGUAUAUAUAUUUCGAACUCUUCUUUUCAUCUUUUCAUUCCCUCCCUUCUUCUCUCCUGGAUACCCUCCAACUCCCUUACAUUCUCCCCUACCCCUAACUCCUACUCCACAUUUAAUCAACCUGCAGUUCUUUGAUGUGUGGAGACUACAACGGAAUCGAACCGGGAGUAGUCCAGGCGUUUUGGCGUACCUCUACCGUUUGCCCAUCCGAAUAACACGACAAAAAACAUCACCGUCAUCAAGAUUGUUUUUGGUCUUACUUGACUUUGUUUGAAUCAAAAUGGUUUCGGUAUAAUCUUUGUGUAAUAAAACAAAUUUAGUGGAACUAGAAUAAAGAAAAUAUGGUUCAAUAAUCACUAAGAUAAAUCAAUAAGAACAGGUUUUCAUGGAGACAUGCUACCUUGCAUUAAUCAGUGUAAAACACAAAAGUGAACCUCUUUUAAAUGGAGAAAAUGGGGGAAAGAGUUUAUAAUGAAAUAUUUAAAAAAUCACUUUUAUAAUCUCCAGUUAUUGUGUUUCUGCAUAGUUGUUAACAAUAUUAUACGUAAUAAUGAGAAAAAUGAAUACAAUGUAUAAGCCAAGCCACACGCGAGUCUAUCUUUUUUAAAAUACUUCAAUACAUUCAAAACAGUUUUAUCCAAGAUGUAUUUCUGUUCUUGAAGGUUUGUUUUUGAUGUACAGGUAGGUGCUGAAUUAAAUAUCAGUACGAAAA